AUGGGGAAGAACGGACCUGCAGGAGGCAGUGGUAAGGACGGGAUAGCUGCCGAAGGCGGCAACGGUAACACGGUGACUGCCGACUGCGGAAGGCGCAAGUUUCUUAAUAUGUUAAUAUUCCUUAACUUUCUUUUCGAUUCGAUGGAGGAGGGAGAUGGAGAGCGACGUGUUCGUGCCAGAAGAUCGGGUGGUAACGAAACAGGGGAAGAAGUGGAUCGGCUAAGCAAUUUGCCAGAUUGCUUGCUAUUACAGGUACUCUCGAAUCUCCCAAUGAACGAUGUGGUUAAGAGCAGUGCGUUAUCAAGUAGAUGGAGACAUCUCUGGAAAGAGAUUCACAGACUAGACUUGGCGUACGAAAAUUUCGAAGAGUACAACACAUUCGUGAGUUUCGUCGAUAGGUUUCUUGGUUUCAACAGUGAAUCGCCGCACUUGCAAAGCGUUAGGUUAUGGUACGAUUCCGAUAGGGUUGAUAACUCUGAAGCCGCUCUCGUCAGGCGGUGGAUUAGCCUUGUUGUCAAUCGGAAAGUGAAGUAUCUCCAUGUUUUGGAUGAUUCAUGGAGGAAUGAUAAUGUAGAGAUACCUCCUAGUGUUUACACAUGUGAGAGCUUGGUAAGGUUAGAGCUAAAUAACGUGACCUUGGCUGAUCCAAAGCUGAUUUCUCUACCUUGUCUCAGAUUCAUCGAGCUAGAUUCUGUUGACUCUGCAAACGAUUCGGCUUUCCAAGUGCUCAUCUCAGGCUGUCCUGUUCUCGAAAGGUUGAUUAUAAGGAGGAGCUUUUGUGACGGUAUACAAGUUUUACGUGUGCGUUCUCAGUCUCUGUUGAGCUUCACUCAUGUUGCGGACGGUGCUCAGGAUUUAGAUGAAGUUUUAGUAGUUGAGAUUGAUGCUCCUAGGCUUAAGUGUAUGAAGCUCAGUGAUUAUCGGAUCGCAAGUUUCGUACUGGAUAAUCCGGUUUCCCUUGUACAAGCGGAUAUCGAUUUUGUGUUUAACUUGAUUUGCGGAAGAAAGUUUGAUCCAAAUGAUGUGCAAAAGAGAAGUAUGAUUCGCAAGUUUCUUGUUGGGAUCUCUAAUGUCAAAGAUUUGAUCAUUUCCUUGAGUACUCUUGAGGUCAUUUAUGAGUACUCAAAAUGUGAACAACUACCAUUAUUCCGUAACUUAUAUUUCUUGCGUGUUAAGUUCGGCGACUACAGAUGGGAAAUGCUGCCAGUGUUUCUUGAGAGCUGUCCCAAUCUUAUAUCUCUUGUUGUGGGACCUCAUUACCGUCCGGUAGAGGAGAGGACUGAUAUUUUGUUCGAGCCUCGGAGUUACCUAUCAUCUCUCGAGUAUGUUAAGAUAGAAAGGCCAUUAAAAGGAGAGGACAUGGAGAUGAAACUAGAAGGGUACAUGGAAGAAGACGCAGAGAAUCAUCUAAGCUUGCUUGCCAAUUGCGCUGUUGAUAUGAAUAGGAUAGGGGCUGUAGAUAGGCUAAGCGAAUUGCCAGAUUGCUUGCUGUGUGAGGUUCUUCUGUAUUUUCCCACAAAAGAAGUGGUCAAGACUAGCGUGUUAUCGAGAAGAUGGAGAAACCUCUGGAAAUAUGUACCUCGUUUGGACUUGGAGUAUGGUGAUUUCCCGGAAUCACAGUACGACGCUGUUGUGAGCUUUGUCGAUGGAUUUCUGAGUUUUGAGAGCGACUCAAAGCUGCAAGAGUUCAGUCUAAAGGCCGAGUCUUUCGAGCUAAAGGAAGAUGGGGUAUGGGGUGAGCUUGAUGAUGUUCAAAUCCCUCACUGGAUCAACACUGUACUACUUAAGCGGAACGUCGAACAUCUCAAGGUUCUGGAGCGAAGAUUUCCUUAUCACAAGACUCUGGAGAUACCUUCAACAGUAUACACUUGUUGGACAUUGGUAGCCUUGGAGCUCCGUGACGUAGUCUUGCCUGUUCCAAGCUCUGUUUCUCUACCUCGUGUCAAAGCCAUCAAACUUGAAGCACUUGCCUAUGGCAAGGAUCAGACUUUCGAAAUGCUCAUCUCAGGCUGCCCAGUUCUUGAAAGCUUAUAUGUGAAGAGGUGUCCCUUUGAGAAAGUAAUUGUCUACCGUGUGCGCUCUCAGUCUCUACUGAGCUUCACUCUUGUUGGCCACGACGACUACGAAAUGGCGGCAGAUAUUUAUGCUGUGAUUGAUGCUCCUAAGCUUGAGUAUCUCGAGCUUUUUCAAGACCAAACAACUCUUUCCAUACUGAACAAUCUGGGAUCCCUUGUUACGGCAGAUAUCGAUACUCGGUUUAACUUGCCUUACGAAGACAGAGAGAUGCUCGAUCCUAGUGAUAUGCCAAGGAGAAAGAUCAUUCGUGAUUUUCUCAUGGGAAUCUCUAGUGUUAGAGAUAUGGUCAUCUCUUCGGAUACUCUCGAGAUCAUCUAUGAUUUCUCGAGAUAUGAACAAAGACCAAUACCCUUGUUUCGCAACUUAUCUUCCUUGCGUGCUAACUUCUUCCACAACAGGUGGGAAGUGUUGCCAGUCUUUCUCCAGAGCUGCCCGAAUCUGAAAUCUCUCUCCUUGUCAUUUAGUGAAGAUCCUUUGGAGCAGGAAACUAGUGUUUUACCUGGACCUUAUAGCUUCCUACCAACUCUCGAGUAUGUUGAGAUAGAGAAGGCAAUGGAAGGCGACGUGGUGGCAUUCACAAAACUGGCGAGGUACUUUCUGGAGAAGUCAACAAUCCUCAGGAAAUUCAGUUUCCUUUUGAGCGAUUUCAGUGAAGAGGAAGAAUCUGUCAUCCUCACGAAACUACUUGCCCUGCCAAGACUCUCUAGCUCAUGCGAAGUUGUCGUUAUCAGAUGA